AUUCCACUGUUUCCCCAUCGAACAAAGCCCUUCUUCGCUCCAAGACAAACUGCACCGAUACUUCUAUCUUUCUGUGGGUUUCAGUUGCAGAUUUUUGAGUCGGUUUUUCUUUAUAGCCGUCUUAGUUAAUGGCAGAGUGUAAUACCGGAAUCUCCACCUGAGAUCCCUUUUUGUCGUCUUCUCUUCUCAGUCCUAUAAAUAUCAGCUUCCUCUCGAAGCAUCCACGCCAAGCGAGAUAUUAUUAUGCACUCUUUUGCAGAGCUACCGUAUGUACAAGGCAAAAGCAGAGCGCUCUAGCUGAGUCGUGGAGCUGAGCAUCAUUGCCUACCCACCUCUCGCACCUCUGCGUGGUGUAUCUUUUUUCUAUCUCUCUCUCUCUGCUUCUUCUUGGCUUGUCCUUUUGGUACCUUUAAUGCCAACCGCAUCAAGAACGGGAACAGCGGGAAGAGAUGACACCAACGACGCAGCUGCUGACUCCUUCCAUCAAUUUGUUGAAGGAUGGCUUGUGCGCCAGGAACACUUUCUUGACGAACUCCUCUCUGUUGAGCAACAUUGCCACGAAUCUCAAGACGAGGAUCUCGAAGACCUGAUCAGCCGAGUCCUAUUCCAUUAUGAACAGUAUUACCAAGAAAAAUCCAGAGUCGCUCAACGGAAUAUCUUCCUUGUCUUCUCUCCCACUUGGUUCACCCCCUUCGAACGCAGCUUCCUUUGGAUCGCCGGAUUCAAGCCUGCACUCGCUUUUCGGGUACUCAAUGACUCGGUCAACAAUUUGUCUGAAGAUCAAUAUCAAAGGAUGAGUAGGCUAAUUGAGAACACCAGAGUGAGUGAGAGAAUGAUGAAUGAUGAAUUGGCGAGAAUUCAAGAGAGCGUGGCGUCGCCGCCGUUGAUUGAUUUGACGAGGCGGAAAGGACGGGUGGGGGAUGACGACGUAGUCAGGGAUCAGUCGGCGAUCGUGACGCUUGGAUCGGCCUUGGAGUCCUUGUUGGCUAGGGCGGAUUUGUUGAGGACGGACACUGUGGCUAAAGUGGUGGAGAUACUAAAUCCAGUGCAAAACGUCACAUUCUUGACGGCAGUGACUCGACUUCAGCACAGGAUUAGGGAUUUGGGGUUGCAGAGGCGUGGCCAGAGAUCAAAAUGAAAUUGGGAGACACGGCGUAUUAACUUCCUACGCUUUUCUUAGUUUAAAAUUAUUUUUCGUGCUUUAAUUAUAUCAUAAUUAAAAUAUAAGUAUUUUUAUUUUAAAAAAAUAUAAAAAUGUAUUUAAAUUUUAA